AGGGUGUCCGAGAGUCUCUCCGCAACCAGCCCCGCCCAGACUCCAGGCAGGCUCUAGUUGCUAUGGUGAUCGCUGGCGCCAACCGGAUGCUUGGACGCGCGGCUGCCAGUCAAACGCAGACCCCGCCCCCGACGUCUGCGAUUUGUGUAGCCCGCCGGUCCCGCGUGGCUCUCGUUGCCAUGGUGAUUGCCGCCGCUGGCUCAGGUGGACCAGGCCGCGCGGAGCUCCAGCCUUCGCAGCCACCAUCCGACUCUGGAAGAAUGAAGUCCUCCCUGACACCUUUGGGGCCCCCUGUGAGCCGUGACCGUGUCAUCGCCAGCUUCCCUAAGUGGUACACGCCAGAAGCCUGUUUGCAGCUCAGGGAGCACUUCCACGGGCAGGUCAGCGCUGCCUGCCAACGCAGGAACACAGGGACUGUCGGGCUCAAACUCUCCAAGGUGGUGGUGGUUGGCGAUCUCUACGUGGGGAAGACCAGCCUCAUCCACAGGUUUUGCAAGAACGUUUUUGAUCGAGAUUACAAGGCCACCAUUGGGGUGGACUUUGAAAUUGAGCGCUUUGAGAUCGCUGGGAUUCCUUACAGCCUCCAGAUCUGGGACACAGCUGGGCAGGAGAAGUUCAAGUGCAUCGCAUCUGCCUACUACCGGGGCGCCCAGGUGAUCAUCACGGCCUUUGACCUCACCGACGUGCAGACCCUGGAGCACACAAGGCAGUGGCUGGAAGAUGCCCUGAGGGAGAAUGAGGCAGGCUCUUGCUUCGUCUUCCUCGUGGGAACCAAGAAGGACCUUCUGUCAGGGGCCGCGUGCCAGCAGGCCGAAGCCGAGGCCGUGCACCUGGCCAAGGAGAUGCAGGCCGAGUACUGGUCGGUGUCAGCCAAGACUGGUGAGAACGUGAAGGCCUUCUUCAGCCGCGUAGCCGCCCUGGCAUUCGAGCAGUCCAUGCUGCAGGACCUGGAGAAGCGGAGCAGUGCCCGGCUCCAGGUCGGCGACGGAGAUCUAAUCCGAAUGGAAGGGAGUCCACCUGAGACCCAGGAGAGCAAGAGACCCUCUGGCCUGGGUUGCUGCUAGCUGGGGCCUGCAUCAAGGCCUCCCCUCCUAACGCACAUGGAUGGGAACUUCCGUGACUGUGGAACGGAGACUGGAGCUCGAGCUCUUCGGCAUGCCUGCCCUCAAGCUAUAGGCCUGGGUUCCAGUCACCGUGCUCAGGCCCAGGGCACAGUCACUUCUCUGUUGCAGGUAGGGAGCUAGAAAAGGCCCCUACUGGCUGCCUGGGAGCCCCACACCACCGGGCCAGUGCAGGCACUGUGGUGAUCCCCAAAAGGCCAGUCCACUUCCAGGGUCAUCAGACAGUCACCUUUGGCCUCUAGAGGCCUCAGAACUGCAAACUCCUGCCCCGGUCUAUAACCCUCGGCCAUGGCCAGAUCAGCAGUCAAGCCUGGCACUCUUUCCCAGCAAUCUCAGAGGUGUCCUCAGGGUCCUUCUCAUCACGGUGUUCCAGGCAACCUGGAUUUGUCAAAGUCAGCACCUGAGGGAGAGGCCACCUGCCAUCCCGUCUGAGAGUUUCCUGUUGUCAGCAGGAUUUACGGUUCUGGGUCUCAGAGCUUCAGGCCUCACUGUCCUUCUGCCCCGGAUGCUGAGAUUUCUGGGCAGAGGAGCGCCUCUGGAGGACAAUGGACAAAAGGUCUCUUAGACCUGGUGUGGCGGAAGGGUCAUCUCUGAGAUCCCUACGUCCUGCCCUCCUGGUCAACAGGCCAGGAUGUGCAGAACAAGCCACCCAGGCCUAUCUGGCCCACCUGGACAAGGCGUUUACCUGUGUGCUACUGGAGGAAGGCUCCGCAGCUGCCCCAGGGUAACUCACUCUGCAGCCCCGGAGCAGUGGCACUGCCCUACUCUGGCACUCAUGCUGGGCCCGUGCCCACUGCUGCCUCUCCAUCCCUCUCUCAUUGGCCUGCACGUCUCUUAGGACCUUUGUAAUGGUGGCCAUGCAUCGUUGGAGGCCUUCCGAAGCCCUGCUGAGUCGAGCAUGUUUCUGUCUCCAACACCAUCUCAUCCUGCACACGCAGAGCAGACAGAAACGCCCAAUCUUCCCCAGCCUCUCUGCCCAGUAGGCUUGUCCACAGGGUCUCCUCAUGGCUAUGAACCAGUCCCACCACCCACGCUCCUGUCGCCUGGCUGUGCCCACUCAUCCCACCCACCUCAGUGCUGUUGCUUCUCGUAGAUGGUAAGCACCUUGCCGGCAGCCUUCAGGUUCUCCUAGGGCCUGCCACACUGCAGCUUCCCAUAAAUGUUCAACUCAGCGAUUGCCAAAUGCCCCUUAGGGAAGAACACUGGUGUCUUUUUCUACUCGUUCCCCUUCCACAUAUUUUUUGCAUUUCUUUUUUUUUUGGAGACGGAGUUUCGUUCUUGUUACCCAG